AUGUUAAGUGUGAUUUUCUUUUCAGAGGUCGAGAGGGGAGCCCGGGGCCAGACAGCCUCAGUGAUCUGGCCCAUGUCUGGCCCAGAUCUGGCAACGUCUGGCAAUGUCUGGCAAAAGGUAUGGCCCACGUAUGGCUUGCCACAUGUGGGCCAGAUGUGGCAAUGUUUGGGCCAGAUCUGGCCCAGACAUUGCCACAUCUGGCCCAGUCCACAUUUGCUCAUAUGGCCAGAUGUCGGCCCAGAUCUGGCAAUAUCUGGCAAAUGUAUGGCAUGCCAGAUGUGGGCCAGAUGUGGGCNGCAAAUGCUGGGUGAAAGUUGCAGUACAGCCAUUACACUGUACAACAUAGGUACUAAAAUGAUAGAGAUUGGUAAUACAGACGGUGCAGUGGAUGUCCUCAGGAGAGCUCUGGCUAUAGAGGAGAAGAUGCUAGGAGAAUACCACGAAAGCACAGCAGCCACAAUACAUGAAUUAGCUCGUGCCAUAUCUGCACAGGGAAACCACGCAGAGGCUCUUAGUACAUUUCAAAGAUCUUUACGUAUAAGGGAACAGGCCCUGGGGGAAAGCCAGAGUACAGCCGCGACAUUACAGUGCAUGGGUCAAGAAAUGAUAGUGCUGGGCAGUGCAGACGGUGCAUUGGAUGUCCUGAGGAGAGCUCUGACCAUGAGUGAAAAGAUACUAGGAGAAAUGCACGUGCAGACAGCAACCACAUUAGAUUAUAUGGCAUGUGCCCUAUCUGUUCAGGGAAACCACGCAGAGGCUCUUAGUACAUUUCAAAGAUCUUUACGUAUAAGGGAACAGGCCCUGGGGGAAAGCCAGAGUACAGCCGCGACAUUACAGUGCAUGGGUCAAGAAAUGAUAGUGCUGGGCAGUGCAGACGGUGCAUUGGAUGUCCUGAGGAGAGCUCUGACCAUGAGAGAAAAGUUUCUAGGAGAAAUGCACGAGCAGACAGCAACCACAUUAGAAGUUAUGGCAGCUGCCCUAUCUGCUCAGGGAAACCACGCAGAGGCUCUUAGUACUUUACAAAGAGCUCUACGUAUAAAGGAGCAAGUGCUGGGUGAAAGUCGCGGUACAGCCGAUACACUACACUACAUAGGUACUGACAUAUUUAAAACGCUUUUGCGGAUUCAUGCCAUGGAUAAGUAUGAUGUGGUUGUCCUAAGGACGCUGGUGGUUUUGUGUGAGAAGAUAAAGGGAGAAUACCAUGAGUUUACAGCAACCGCAAUACAUAAAUUAGCUCGUGCCAUAUCUGCACAGGGAAAUCACGCAGAGGCCCUCAGUACAUACCAGAGAGCUCUACGUAUAAAAGAACAAGUGGUGGGUGAAAGUCGUAGUACGGCCGAAACACUACACUGUAUAGGCCAAGAAUUGAGUAUGCUUGAUAAUAAAGAUGAAGCCACGAUUGCUUUCAUCAAGGCGAUAGUAAUGGGGAUGAAAACUAUUGGAAUAAUACCACAACCGGGCAGCAGCCACCAAACAAUACCAAGUGAAAUUCAGGAAACCAUUAAAAAAGAUGAUCUGGAAAAAACAGUCUCUAGUGUUAUAAAGAAACUUCUUCAGAACUUCCAAGCAGAAAUAAAACACAUGUUGUCUGAUUUAGAAGCAAAGUUUCAACAAAAAGUUGAGGAACUGAAAGUAGAGACUGAAAACCGCUCUGCAAAUUUACAAGAGCAGGUUGAUAGCCUCAUGAUGGAAAACAAUAAUUUGAAAGAGGUUCUAAGAGGUAAAGAUAGGGAGAUGAAAGAUCUAAAUGAAAGACUAAAACAAAAUGAAUACUCAACGAAAGAAGCCGCUCGCCUUAGUAAUCAUAAUGAACAAUACUCCAGAAAAACAAACAUACGGGUGAUCAAUUUGCCAGAACAGAAGGACGAAAAUCUCCGUGUGGUGUUUACCAACUUGCUAAAAAAGGAGUUGAAGCUUGAAAUCCCUACCACGGACAUCACAGCGAUCCACCGUAUACCAGGCAAACAGGGGCAGGUGAAACCAGUGAUCGUAAAACUAAAAAACACAGAGGUUAAAAAAACAAUUCUGAGGAAAAAGAAAGAACUCCAGUCUGGUGUGCGCAUGUUUGACGAUAUAACCUUGAAAAACUUGACUCUCCUAAACAAGCUCAAACAGUAUGAGGAGUUGCAAAGAGCUCUACGUAUUUGGGAGAAGAUAUGUGGAGAGAGUCAACCAACAGCCAGUACUCUGCGCGGCAUAGGCCAUGAAAUGCUACAGAUGGGCAAGGCAGACGAUGCUGUGGAUGUCUUCAGCAGAACUCUGUCUAUGCAGGAUAAGAUGCUGAGAGAAUACCACGAACCGGCAGCAGUCACAAUGCAUGAAUUAGCUCGUGCCAUAUUAGUAUAUGGCAACCAUGAAGAGACCUUUAGAAUGCACCAAAGAGUGGUACGUAUACUGGAACAAGUGCUGUGUAAAAGUUGUAGUAUGGCCAAUACACUAAAUGACACGUGGGAAUAUACAGACUUUUGUCUGCCAGUUUUACUUUCAGAUGGAUACUCUGUUUUUGCUUAUACUUGUGAUGAACCUUACCUAUAG